AUGAAGUUUUCGGCCGGUGUUCUAUGCGUGCUCCUAGUGCUAACAACCUUGGUCCACGCGGCGCCUAUCCGUCCGUUCGGCCGUACUCAGGGCCUGACCAACACGAUCUACACCGAGGAGGCUCCGGGGUUUGUACGGGAGGGAAGCGGACACGAGCCCGAUGGCCCACCCCCCGAAUCAAUAACGGUUCGUCCCGGACCUCAACAGUCCUCUCAGCUAGACCCUCAAGCACCAAUAACGGUUUGUCCCGCCUCGCAAAAGUUCCAGAGCAGAAUCAUGCUAACAGCCUUGUCCCACGCUGGACCUAUCCGUCCGUUCGGCCGUACUCAAGGCCUGAUCACCAACACAAUCUACACCGAGGAGGCCCCGGGGUUUGUACGGGAGGGGAGCGGACACGAGCCCGAUGACGGCGACGUGUUCAUCCGCCCCCGGCCCGGUACGGACACGGACACCGGCAACGAGGUGGAGACGAACGUGGUAGUCGGGCACGGACUGGCGGGCUUGUCCCCAGGCCAACAGUGCAGGGAGAGAUGGGGGCGAGCGCUGAUGGAAUGUUUCCAUGACUACCGCCGAGCCAUGAACGACCUUGGCGAGCUGCUCCUGUCUUCUGAAGGACAAACGCUCUUCUGUGGAGUACAGAUGGAGCUGUACCAGUGUUACCAGACCGUUCUGGACCAGCCCUUCUGCGAAUAUGACAACGAAAUCAGCACGCGGCAGACCAAGAUUCAAACAGACAUGCGAGUCAUCCAUCAGAAAUGCACCGGGUUCCGAUAAAACCGUGGUAAAAUGAAGGACUUUAACUUGUUGUCAACAAUGUACUGAGCACUUUUUAUAACAAUGUUAGGUUGUUGGAGUUGGGACCAAUAUUGCAAGAAAUGAUAGAACCAAGGAAAACUGCAGAAAAGAACUCGUUGUCAACUAAUUAUAUAACACAUUUUUAUAAUGAAGUAAUGCUGUGGAUGUUGGGACCAAUCACUUUUUGACUUACUCACCAAAUGACUUUUUUUUUAAAUUGAUAUUUCUAACUUUAAUGUCUUUUUGUUAUCAUUUAACAUAAGUACACUACCAAUACUUAUAUCACAUCUUACUGUGAUCUUAGUUGCAACUAAAAGAGUGAACCUAUAGUAAAGUCAAUUGAUGAACUCUUGACAUAAGACUACAAUUUACAUUCUGUAAUUAAAAGUUUCAGUCUCAUUGUUCUUUUUGUUUUUUGUUUUAAUUCGUGUUUGGUGUUGGACAUUGGACAUAUAUUUGCUGCUCCCAAAAAACUGUACUCCUUUAAUAAAUGGCAGACCAACUCCCCAAGCAAGUUAUCUGUCUAUUUGGCACAAGUUCUAUUCUUUCCAGCCGUCUCUGAUGAAGCCUGGUAGAGGUUGUAAGGAUACAGACACAAUGUUAGUAGGGCUCUGACAUGACAGGGCUCGAAA